CCCCACGCGCGCCUGGCUGACGGGUCUCCUCCGUGUGCCCGAAAGGGGCGAUGCCAUUUGGACAUGUAACUGUCAGCACGGGAUCUGAGACUUGCACACAAUGAAGCUGGCGGCGGGACUGUGCGUCUGGGUGAGCCUUCUGGUGGCGGCGGGGACCGUCCAGCGCAGCGCUUCGCAGUCAGUGUGUGCAGGAACAGAGAAUAAGCUGAGCUCUCUCUCUGACCUGGAGCAGCAGUAUCGAGCCUUGCGCAAGUACUAUGAGAACUGUGAGGUAGUCAUGGGCAACCUGGAGAUAACCAGCAUCGAGCACAACCGGGACCUCUCCUUUAUGCGGUCUAUUCGAGAAGUCACAGGCUACGUGUUAGUGGCUCUUAACCAGUUUCGUUACCUGCCUCUGGAGAAUUUACGCAUUAUUCGUGGGACAAAACUGUAUGAGGAUCGAUAUGCCUUGGCAAUAUUUUUAAACUACAGAAAAGAUGGCAACUUUGGGCUUCAAGAACUUGGAUUGAAGAACUUGACAGAAAUCCUAAAUGGUGGAGUCUAUGUAGACCAGAACAAAUUUCUUUGUUAUGCAAACACAAUUCAUUGGCAAGAUAUUGUUCGGAAUCCAUGGCCUUCCAACUUGACUCUGGUGUCAACAAAUGGUAGCUCAGGAUGUGGACGUUGCCAUAAGUCCUGUACCGGCCGAUGCUGGGGACCCACAGAAAAUCAUUGCCAGACUUUGACAAGGACGGUGUGUGCAGAACAAUGUGAUGGCAGGUGCUACGGACCCUAUGUCAGUGACUGCUGUCAUCGAGAGUGUGCUGGGGGCUGCUCAGGGCCUAAGGACACCGACUGCUUUGCCUGCAUGAAUUUCAAUGACAGUGGAGCUUGUGUGACUCAGUGUCCCCAAACUUUUGUCUACAAUCCAACCACCUUUCAACUGGAGCAUAACUUCAAUGCAAAGUACACAUACGGAGCAUUUUGUGUCAAGAAAUGCCCUCAUAACUUUGUGGUCGACUCCAGUUCUUGUGUGCGUGCCUGCCCUAGUUCCAAGAUGGAAGUGGAGGAAAAUGGGAUUAAAAUGUGCAAACCUUGCACUGAUAUUUGCCCAAAAGCGUGUGACGGCAUCGGCACGGGAUCACUGAUGUCCGCACAGACUGUGGAUUCCAGCAACAUCGACAAGUUCAUAAACUGCACCAAAAUCAAUGGGAAUUUGAUCUUCCUUGUCACUGGUAUUCAUGGGGACCCUUACAAUGCGAUUGAAGCUAUAGACCCAGAGAAACUGAAUGUAUUUCGGACAGUUCGAGAGAUAACAGGUUUCUUGAACAUACAGUCAUGGCCCCCAAACAUGACUGACUUCAGUGUUUUUUCUAACCUGGUGACCAUUGGUGGAAGAGUACUCUAUAGUGGCCUCUCCUUGCUUAUCCUCAAGCAACAAGGCAUCACUUCCCUGCAGUUCCAGUCCCUGAAGGAAAUCAGUGCAGGAAACAUCUAUAUUACUGACAACAGCAACCUGUGCUACUAUCACACCAUCAACUGGACGACGCUCUUCAGCACCAUCAACCAAAGAAUAGUGAUUCGGGACAAUAGGAAGGCUGAAAACUGUACUGCUGAAGGAAUGGUGUGUAACCAUCUGUGCUCAAGCGAUGGCUGUUGGGGACCUGGGCCAGACCAGUGCCUGUCCUGCCGUCGCUUCAGCAGGGGCAGGACCUGCAUAGACUCUUGUAACCUCUAUGAUGGAGAAUUUCGGGAGUUUGCGAACAGCUCCAUCUGUGUGGAGUGUGACCCCCAGUGUGAGAAGAUGGAAGAUGGCAUCCUCACGUGCCAUGGACCGGGGCCUGACAACUGUACAAAGUGCUCCCAUUUUAAGGAUGGCCCAAACUGUGUGGAAAAAUGUCCAGAUGGCUUACAGGGGGCAAACAGUUUCAUUUUCAAGUAUGCUGAUCAGGACCGGGAGUGCCACCCGUGCCAUCCCAACUGCACGCAAGGGUGCGUAGGCUCAAGUAUUGAAGACUGCAUCGGCCUGAUGGAUAGGUGUAGCGGUCCCACUAGUCAUGACUGCAUUUACUACCCUUGGACGGGCCAUUCCACUUUACCACAACAUGCUAGAACUCCUCUAAUUGCAGCCGGAGUCAUUGGAGGGCUCUUUAUCCUGGUCAUCAUGGGUCUAACGUUCGCAGUUUAUGCGAGAAGAAAGAGCAUCAAGAAGAAAAGAGCCUUGAGAAGAUUCCUGGAAACAGAGUUGGUAGAACCCUUAACUCCAAGUGGCACAGCGCCCAAUCAAGCUCAACUUCGUAUUUUGAAAGAAACUGAACUCAAAAGAGUAAAAGUACUUGGUUCAGGUGCUUUUGGAACCGUGUAUAAAGGUAUCUGGGUACCUGAAGGAGAAACAGUGAAGAUUCCUGUAGCUAUUAAGAUUCUUAAUGAAACAACUGGUCCCAAAGCCAAUGUGGAAUUCAUGGAUGAAGCUCUGAUCAUGGCAAGCAUGGACCAUCCACAUUUAGUCCGGUUGUUGGGGGUGUGUCUGAGCCCCACCAUUCAGCUGGUGACACAGCUUAUGCCCCAUGGCUGCCUGUUGGAUUACGUCCAUGAACACAAGGAUAACAUUGGUUCCCAGCUGCUGCUGAACUGGUGUGUCCAGAUAGCUAAGGGAAUGAUGUAUCUGGAAGAAAGACGGCUUGUUCAUCGCGAUUUGGCGGCCCGUAAUGUCUUAGUGAAAUCUCCAAACCAUGUGAAAAUCACAGAUUUUGGACUAGCCAGACUCUUGGAAGGAGAUGAAAAGGAGUAUAAUGCUGAUGGAGGAAAGAUGCCAAUUAAAUGGAUGGCUCUGGAGUGUAUACACUAUAGGAAAUUCACCCAUCAGAGUGACGUUUGGAGCUAUGGAGUCACCAUAUGGGAACUGAUGACAUUUGGAGGAAAACCCUACGAUGGAAUUCCAACCCGAGAAAUCCCUGAUUUAUUAGAGAAAGGAGAACGUUUGCCCCAGCCUCCUAUCUGCACUAUUGAUGUUUACAUGGUCAUGGUCAAAUGUUGGAUGAUUGAUGCUGACAGUAGACCAAAAUUUAAGGAACUGGCUGCUGAAUUUUCGAGGAUGGCUCGGGACCCUCAAAGAUAUUUAGUUAUUCAGGGUGAUGAUCGUAUGAAGCUUCCCAGUCCAAACGACAGCAAGUUCUUUCAGAAUCUCUUGGAUGAAGAGGAUUUGGAAGAUAUGAUGGAUGCUGAGGAAUACCUUGUCCCUCAGGCUUUCAACAUCCCACCUCCCAUCUAUACGUCCAGAGCAAGAAUUGACUCAAAUAGGAGUGAAAUUGGACACAGCCCUCCUCCCGCCUACACCCCCAUGUCAGGAAACCAAUUUGUGUACCGAGAUGGGGGUUUUGCCGCAGAGCAGGGAGUGCCCGUGCCCUACAGAGCCACGACCAGCACCAUCCCAGAAGCUCCCGUUGCUCAGGGGGCCACAGCCGAGAUGUUUGAUGACGCCUGCUGCAAUGGCACCCUACGCAAGCCGGUGGCACCCCAUGUCCAAGAAGAUAGCAGCACCCAGAGGUACAGCGCCGACCCCACGGUGUUUGCCCCGGAACGGAGCCCACGAGGAGAGCUGGAUGAGGAAGGCUACAUGACCCCUAUGCGAGACAAACCCAAACAAGAAUAUCUGAACCCUGUCGAGGAGAACCCUUUUGUUUCUCGGAGAAAAAACGGAGACCUUCAAGCUUUGGAUAAUCCCGAAUACCACAAUGCUUCCACUGGUCCACCCAAGGCAGAGGAUGAGUAUGUGAAUGAGCCACUGUACCUCAACACCUUUGCCAACACGCUGGGGAAUGCCGAGUACCUGAAGAACACCGUACUGUCUGUGCCAGAGAAGGCCAAGAAAGCGUUCGACAACCCUGACUACUGGAACCACAGCCUGCCCCCUCGGAGCACCUUUCAGCACCCAGACUACCUGCAGGAGUACAGCACAAAAUAUUUUUAUAAACAAAAUGGACGGAUCCGGCCUAUCGUGGCAGAGAAUCCCGAAUACCUCUCCGAGUUCUCGUUGAAGCCAGGCACUGUGCUGCCUCCUCCACCCUACAGACACCGGAAUACUGUGGUGUAAACUCAACAGUGGUUUUAAGGUGGAAAGACAUGCCCGCUCCAAUUUCCCUGCCACCUCUCUUUCUCUUACAGUCUCCCUUCUACUCCCAAGGCCAGUAGUUUUGAAACUUCCCAGGGGAAGCUGUAGAGAUGCAAUGAUAGUUAUGUGCUUAUCUAACUUGAACAUUAGAAGGAAGGACUGAAAGAGAAAGACAGGAAAAACCACACUGUUUCUUCAUUUCUCUGCAUGGGUUGGUCAGGCGACAGAACCAGCAAAGGCAAGGCAAUACUGCCUGCUGUCAAACAAGUUUUCAAAUUUUUUCUUUUUUCAAAUUUCUAUUUUUUUUUUAAAUGCGGAGUCUUGAAAGACCCAUGCUAUCUGUUCCUGUCUACAGGAACUGAUGUGUACAGUUUCAGCAUCCCUGAAAGCCCUAAUAACCUUUACAUUAGAAUAAGUAAAAGAUAACCUUUUCUAUAAUAUGUAAUAUAACAGAUUGAGAAUCCAAAUUUCUUUCUCCCACUGUUUCUAUCCUGACAAGCAAGAGUUGCUAACUCAGCUUUCAUUUCUGAAUCUACAUCAGAGUUAUAACUAGUAAUUUUGUUUGGAGGGCUUUCGUGUGUGUUUUUUUAUUAUUUUAUUUUCCUUUUUGUUUUUGCUUUGCUCUAGUCCUUCGUAUUACUACUUUCUCCCCUAUUUUUGGCUUUAAUUUCUAAUUGCAAAGAUUUUUUAUGCAUUGCUAUAAAUUAUCAGAAUUUUAAAAAGGAAGUGGAAUGGCCACUAUUUUAAAUAUAUUGUCUUUAAAAUUAGAAAGGGAGGCCAAGAUGUUAGUCAAAUAUAGCAUCAAAUCUCACUUUUUUUUUGAGUUUACACUAUUGAACAUGUACCACCCCCAUUCCUUUUCAUCCUUCAAUGUUUUCUUCUCCUCCAUAAAUGACAGUACUUGAUGGGCAGUUGGUAAUUUUUUAAAAAGAAGGGAAACUAAGAGACAGUUCUGUGUGGUUCAUGAAAACUACUGAUAUUUUCAGGGGUGAUCCAAUGGGGAAUCCAUUGAACUGGAAGAAACACACUGGAUUGGGUAUGUCUACCUGGAAGAUACUCAGAAAUGUAGUUUGCACUUAAACUAUAAUUUUAUUUGUUCUCUUUCUGAACUCCAUUUUGGAUUUUGAAUGAAGCAAUAUGGAAGCAACCAGCAAAAUAGCUAAUUUAAGCACAUUUUUUAAAAAGUGCUUAAAGAAAGAAAGACUAUGGAAAUACCAAACCAAGCAAAUUAGGACUUUGGAACAGUAUCCAGGGAUUAUGAUGACAGGGACAGCACGUUAUCUACAUGUGAUAUCACAUUUGCUACGCAAGGAAAGUUGUCCAGUUUGUAUACUGAAUAUUAAGAAAUGCAAGUAACGAUGGGCUUGAAUUCUAUGGAAUUUCUAGUAUGAGACUCUAUUUAUAAUAAGGGGAAGGUAACUCUUUGCACAUAAAUUGGUAUAACAAAAAAAGAAAUACAAGCAUUCACAGCUUAUAGAUAGAUCCUUGGGGCAAAAAUUGUAAAUAAACCUGAAAAAUAUUCUCAUGUAAUUAUUUUAAUAUCCCACAUACUAAUCUUUUGAUACUUUAUAUAAUAACUCCUUUCCUCAAACACAGCAUCCUAGUAAUAGGACCAUCUUUAUUAUGUAUUGUUUCAAGAGAAUACCUGCUGAGUUAAUAUGAUUAAUGGGAACAAAUGGUAGGAAUGAGUCUCCAGAAAAAGGGAACCUCAGACAGUUAUUAGGAGAAUUGGAUAUGUCUCUCUUUUCUAAGAAAAUCCAUCCCAGGUCAUUUGGAUUUAAAUUUUUUUUUCUAAUGUUGACAUAGUGGGAUCAAAUUUGACUCUAUUAUAAGAAGCAAUUAGACUAAAAAUCUCCAAAUGGUAAAACAGAGAAUUUAGAGGGGAGAAUGCAAAAGGAAAAAAAAAAAU